AUGUCAAAACUUCAACGAGUCAGAGAACAUACUUUUCGUGUAAAAUCUCAUCAUCAACAAAAUGUGCAAUUAUAAUAAUCGCCGGAAAUUCCAUUUCCACUUAUGACAUGAUUCAUGAAUCCCUCAUUAGAAGCCGCGUAGGUUUUUCAACUAAAUUUAAAUGUUACCAAACAAUGAGUAAACCUGACUAUAUUUAACGGCAGUUGGAGUGAGAUUGACGAAACUUUCUCAGAAGUAAACAUUUUGCCUCACGUGCCUGUAAACAAAACCGCAUAAAACUGUUGUUAAAAUCACAAACUAUUUGCUUACUUAACUAACAAGCUUCUGUAGUUCGUGGGAAGAUCACCGGGAUAUAAUAAUAGUAUCAAAAACGUUUACAAAAUUCUUUAUAACCCUAAAUAGUAAAACUGUAAGAUUAUUCAACUUCUAAUUCAAUUUGAGAUGCAAUAACGUAGACUAAGGACCUAAAAUGGAUAGAUCACAGGAGAUCUUUAUUUAAACCUUUGUUGUAAAAUUGUACGAGAAUUAUGGAAGGAAGCCCAUCGGCAAUAAAAAAUGCGUGGCCGUUAAACUGAUAAUUUGCGGGUGCCAGACUUCCGGAGGAAGCCUAAGAAUGUAGCGCACGUCUUCCUUGUAAGUUUUUUGGCGAAUGGCGAAAGCGUUGGCGGUAUAAAAAGCUAACGAGGUCCGAUUUGUCCGACAAUUCCAGUUCUCAGACAACAACAAUAAUGAGACGCGACAUGCAUAAGAAGGGACAUAAGAAGAAGACAAAGAAACGUGCGCGAGGAGAUGGGAAGAACAAGGAGAAUAUUAUAGAAGAUGUACAGGAUGAGAAAGAUGAGCAGACCCCGGAGCCGGCGGAGGAGAAGAAGAACCUUUGUUAUGAAAUAAGACAUUCAUCUAUAAUGGGCAGAUAUUUGGUGGCGACCCGUGACAUCCGCCCGGGUGAAGUGAUAGUGGAAGAGCCAGCCAUUGCCGUCGGCCCCUGCAGUGGCUGUGGACUCAUCUGUUUGGGAUGCUACCGGGAACUCGAUGAAGCAAACCUGGCUAAAUGCCAAGGAUGUAAAUGGCCCAUGUGCAGCAGUUCGUGUUAUGGUUCGGGGAAGUACACGGGUCACUCUACAUACGAGUGUGAAACCUUAAAGGGAAUACCUCCAGACUACACCAAACUUGAAGAUCUGAAGGAUUCCUAUCAAGCUCUAAUGCCUUUGAGAUGUCUUCUGCUGAAAAAAGCAGAUCCAAAGAAGUGGACAGCGCUGUCAGCGAUGGAGUCUCACAAUGAGAUGCGACGCGCGCGGGGAGACAUCUGGCCGACCAACGAGAAGAACGUCGUGCAGAGGAUCAAGAAGUGGGGGCUGGAUUUCGAUGACGAGGAGAUCCAUACUGUAUGUGGUAUCUUAGAGGUGAACGCGUUCGAGGUGGGCGGCAGCGGCGCGAGCGCGCGCGCGCUGUACGGCGGCGCGUACCUGCUGGCGCACGACUGCACGCCCAGCACCACGCACACGGACGCGGAGCGCGCCGCCUCGCGCCCGCUCACCGUGCGCGCCGCCGUGCCGCACCAGCAGGGGGACCUCAUCUCGCUCUGCUACGCCUACACGCUGCAGGGCACCCUAAAGCGCCGCGAGCACAUAAAGCACAGCAAGUUCUUCGAGUGCCGCUGCCGGCGCUGCGCGGACCCCACGGAGCUGGGCACGUACUGCAGCGCCUUCCGCUGCCCGCGCUGCGCCGGCCGCGUGCUGCCCGCCGCGCCGCUGCAGCCCGCCGCCCUCUGGCGCUGCGGCGGCUGCGCCUACAGCAUGGCCGCCGCCGCCGUGCAGCUGCUGCUCAAGAGACUCACAGACGAAUUCGAGCAGAUAGACGCAAACGACGUGCCGGGCUACGAGAACUUCCUCCACAAGUACCGCAACGUGGUCCACAGCUCGCACUACCUGUGCCUGUCCGCCAAGCACUCGCUCAGCCAGCUGUACGGGAAGGUGGCCGACUACAUGAUACACGAAAUGCCCGACUCCGAGCUCAACAGGAAGAUUGAGAUCUGCAGGGACCUCAUGAAGGUCUUUGAUGUUAUCGAGCCGGGAUAUUCUAGGUUGAGAGGUGUAACCCUAUAUGAACUGCACGCGCCGCUCAUGAUCCUGACCACGAGGGACUUCGAGAAGAAAGCCAUCACCAAGGACAACUUGAGGACAAGGCUUAAAGAGAUCGUGGGCUACCUAACAGAGUCAGCUCUGAUCUUAGGCUUUGAGCCCCCGCAGUCUUCCGAAGGUCUAAUGGCGUCCGCAGCUAGAGACGCGCUGAAGAAGAUCAAGACUUGGGAACAGAUCAUCGGGAAGAUCUCAUGAUACUCAUAGUUUAGCAUUUGGAGACGUAUUGGCUGAUAUUGGGUGAAAUGGAAUGAACGGACUUCCAAGAAUGAUAUUAAAUCUGUCCUAGAACAUAACGCUAUUAGGAGCAGGAAAAUUAAAUUAUUUCAUGUAAUAACUAAUUUGGGAGCAAAACAAUAAAUUAAAUCAACUAACAA